AUAGGAGAACAAGGUGUACCCUUCCAACUCCAAGAAAUAAAUACUGGUUGACAUAUUAUUCAUAAAUACAUUAGCAACAUGGCACUCAUUGUGCCAAAUAUCCUUACUUUCUCGAACCAUAAAGCAGAGCCGCGGUCAUAUCAGUAAAUUAAUGAAAAACAGACAUUUGAACAGGUCAGUGGCAGUUGUGGAAUUGACAAUUGGAAGAGAGAGAUCGGGGAAGAUUAUAAGCCAAGAGGGUCCCAUUGAAAUUCCAACAAACUUGCUCUCAAUAAGUUCACCACCACCAAGCCAUCAGUUACCCCAAAGAGUCUGCUAGUUGCAGCCAUUAGGACGAAUAAUGGGUAUACCAACACUCUCUUUACACUUCUUGUUUUCCCACUCCUUCAGUUUCAUUGUGCCACUGAUUUGUGUUUGAAAGCAACAAGCUAUGAAAAUGCCAGUGAUAGACCACAACAUGCCAUGAAAAAAGGCACAAAUGAUGGCUGUUUUCAACAGGUUUUUUGAGUGCUUUUCAAUAUCAUAGAGACCAUAUUUUGUCACUCUAAGCUGCUUUCAAGUUUCAGGGAUUGUUUGAGAAAUAAAGGAUGGUCUUUGAUACAUGAAAAUUAAUAUGACUAUAGUUGUUCAAUGGCAAAGACAAAGUGCUGGUUUAAUUGGGUCAAGAGGCUGAUUGCUUUUAAACCAAAAGCAAAGAAAUCAAAGGAUUGGAGAUGGGAUUUGGGAAGGCUUACAUUUAAGCAAUACCCUGCACUUACAGCAUCACAGAGAACACUGAAUGAAGCAACAGAAGAGCAGAAAAAACAUGCUUUGACUGUUGCCCUAGCAACAGCAGCAGCCGCCGAGGCUGCAGUUGCAGCUGCCCAAGCUGCAGCUGAAGUUGUUCGGCUAACAGGUGCUUCGAAGUCUUGCCUCAAUUACUCAAAGUCAGAUCGGAACUUAGCUGCCACUAAGAUACAAAGUGCUUACAGGGCACAUCUUGCAAGGAAAGCAUUACGAGCUUUGAAGGGACUGGUGAGACUUCAAGCAAUAGUUCGUGGUCGAGCUGUAAGACGCAAAAUAGUCAACAUUUUAAAACGUUUACCAUCCAGCAGCAGUAGGCAGUCUGAAGUGGUCCAGGAAACAACUAUUUCUACUAAAGAUACAUGCUUCAAAGAUGGAAACAAGAAACAGAUUUUAAGGCCAAACAAGGAGUUGGAAGAAAAUAAUCUAAAGCUUGAAUGCAGCAGCAAGGAAAGGUGGGAUUGCAGUAUACUUUCUAAAGAAGACAUACAAAACACAUGGUUAAAGAGGCAGGAAGCCAUGAUGAAAAGAGAACGAAUGAAGAAGUACUCAUUUUCACACCGGGAGAGAAGAAACACUCACAUUCUGGAUGAUUCAUUCACCAAAAAGGAAUCUGGAACACGAAGCAGCCGGAUAGAACAAUGGGAAAACAAAGUGGCAUAUGAUAGAGAAGAAUUGGAAACUUUGAAACCAAUAGUUCAUUCAAAUCUGAUUGAUAGUGAAAUGCUUGGAAUGACACAAGUUAAACUGAAAAGUGCAAGAAACAGUGAUUCAUUACAAUUAUUGAGUUCACAAUUUCCCCUUUCAAGGAGUUCAUUUUGCCAUGAAGAACGGAAUUCAGGUGGAGAAGACAUUUUGAUGCCAAGCUCACCAGUUUUUCCUACUUACAUGGCUCUAACUGAAACUACAAAGGCAAAGACAAGACCAAACAUGUCAAUGACUGAAUCUGCACAGACGAAGACCAGGUCAAUGAGCACACCGAGACAAAGGGUUGAAUUUCGAGAAGGUUGCUUCAAUCACAAUUUUCAACAUAGAAAUGGGAUCUCUCUUUGGUCUUCUUAUGAUGGUGCAUCAGUUAGCCACAAUUGGAAACAUGGUAUUUCCCCGAAGAUAUCUUCAAGCAUUAAUCAAUAUUAUGAAGACUAAAUUGGAGUCAUCAUAUAUGGUUCUCAACUUACAGUGUCAGGAUCACAAAACCAACAUCUUCUAAUGGUUGUUACACUCUGGUUGACAGUGAAGUUCAGAUCACGGAGAUCUUCGAAGGUAAGAAAGUUUCCAAGGACAAAAUCUUAAUAUCUUAUUGCUGUUACACUGAGUCAUACUGAUCUAUAAGCGAAUUUGUUUUCUUCAUUGUUGUGAGGGAAUUUGGUGAGGGUUGUCUUUUUUUUUUUUUUUUUUUUUUUAUAAAUUAUUAUUAUUUUUUUAACACAGUAGAGUUCUAUAAAGAAUUAUAUGGCAUAGAAAGUUUGCAGUGAAAGUUAUGGUUUGUUUUCACCAGAAAAUGAAAGUGAUGGUUGGUUUUGAAAGAA